AUGUCACCCACCUCCCUCCACACCCGAGACACCAACUCCUCCAUCUUCCAGAACCCAGGCGAAAAACGCGGUUUCAUCGUCGUCAUCAUUCUCUCCGUCCUCGCUACCGUCGGCAUGUUCUGCCUCAUCAUCACGCUCGUCAUCUGCAAGAACAAGCGCGACCGGAAGAAGAGAGCGGCCAAGAUGGAUGCGGAGAAGAGUUUGAAUUUUCUGCCGGGCAGGAAGGGGAGGUAUCGCAAGUUGGAGGAUGAGGAUGAGGGCGAGGUGUGGAGUGUGGAGAUGGAUGAUCGGAGGCCGACGGCUUAUCAGGGGAGGUAUAGUGAGUUUUUCGGCACCGUAUCAACCCCUACUCCUGCUACCAGCACUACGACCAGCGGCCUACUGCCAACGACGGUAUCUAAACACCCGGUAUUCCUAGCCUCCAUCUCAGUCAUGUCUUCGCAUCGCCAAGGACAGGGUAACAUUCAACGCCUGGAGGAGGAACUGGAGAAGAUGGAACUCUCACGCCCACUAGGAACAGAGCAGCACAGGGAAGACGAUCGUCCGAAAGCACCACUGGACAAAACAUCGAUGUCGCAGACUCCAGAAGAGCGCAAAUCUACUGAGGACGAUCCAAAGGAUGAGGUUGUAUGUACAGCGGAAGUAGACUCAUGCUCAACUCCCAACCUCAAACGCCCCAUCCCGUCCACUGCAACCGAGGAAAUCUUCAGCCCUCUCCCAUCAACAGUCUGGGUCAUCACUCAGACAAGAGUGGUUUUCACUACUCUCCGCACUCUCUGCCUCUGCACCUCGUUUUCCACUUCCAAAGCAGUGCUGUACCGCCUCAGAGACGAAUUCUCUUCACGGCCUUCUCUCCAUGUUUCAGAGCGGACGAAGCGUGCGUUAAGGGAGUAUUACGUGGUACACGACCAUAGUGAUAGCGAGGAAGAGGAGAACGGUAUCGGCUUUGACGUACUGAUGGAUGAGACUGAGGGUGUGCUCUAUCAUGUUAAUACUAGCAGGGCGAAAGGGAACAAGUGGCAGGGAAAAAUAACAGAUGGGAAGGUUUUCGGAGACGGUUUCACGGAGGUGACUGUGGAGAAUGUUCGGCGGGUACUGAGGGGGUGGAAGUAA